AUGCUUUACAGUUCGCAGGUACAUCAUUGCUUGACUACUGGAUUUAACACAGCAACUCACCACACCAUGAGCGGAAGGCCACUCGGGGCCAAAGUGUCCAGUUUCUUUGAUAUACCUGAAAAAAGGAUUCAUGCAGCAGGGUCUAGUGUCAUAUCAUAUGCUUGUGAUCCCAGCCAGGAUGACACAAGAUCCAUGAAAAAGGUAUUUUACGAGAACACUUACCAACUAGAUCCACCUAAAAAAUUCAGAGCUGACAAGAUAACUCCUAUCAUUCAGGACAUUCUCAACACAAAUCUGGAAGGGCGGAAGUAUGACGCUAUAGAAUGCUCACUCCUGUCGAAAUCUCUGGCCGAAGAGAUUAAACUUAAAGUCAAAGAACUCAAUUUUAAAAGGUACAAGACGGUGUGCAUGGUGACCAUAGGUCAGAAGAAUGACCAGGGCGUGCGGAUUGGAAGCCGUUAUCUGUGGGACCAUGACCGUGACAACUAUGCUGCCGCGUCCUUCCAUAACAAGCACAUCUUCGCUGUCGGUACUGUGUACGCUGUAUACUUUGAGUGA